AUGCUCCCUAUGCCAGGCGCUCCUUCGUCGUCCUGGGCUCUAUUCCGCCAAAGGCUGUCGACCAUGUUUGAAGGUGUCGACAAGCGUGUUGUUGGCUCGUUCUGGUUGUUCGGUGAGCAUCCGUCACAUCCCCUGAUUCAAUCUUGUACCUUGCAGGUUCCUGCUGACACCAUCAACCAGNGCCUCAUCAACAACGUCCUCUAUGUAAUAAUUCUCAGUUCCGCUCUCGACCUUGUCGGUCCCGCCGUGCCAAAAUCCCUCGUUCUGCUCUUCGAUGUAGUCCCCUCUUUCCUGGUCAAGCUGACCGCUCCCUACUACAUCCACCUCAUUCCUUACAACUUGCGCAUCCUAGCAUUCGUCGCCUUGUCUUCGUGUGGCAUGCUACUUGUUGCCUUGAGUCCAUCUUCGACCGACCCCAACGCGAACAACGGCUCUAUCUCUGUGAAGAUGCUAGGAGUGAUACUGGCUUCCAUAAGCAGCGGAGGAGGUGAACUCAGCUUCCUAGGUCUUACCCACUUCUACGGUCCAUUCAGUCUAGCUGCCUGGGGCUCUGGAACUGGCGGUGCAGGUUUGAUCGGUUCGGGCGCAUACGUCUUGGCUACUACUGCCAUAGGCCUCAGCGUCCGAACUAGCCUGUUCGUCUUUUCCUUCCUGCCAGUCAUUAUGCUGUUCAGCUUCUUUGUUCUACUGCCAGCCAAGCCUGCAAGUCACUCUUAUGUCGCAGCAGCUCAAGAGGAUGUAGACCCAGAUACCGAGUCACUUUUGGAUGAUGCUGUCGACGAUUCUCAUCGACCUGCCUCACCCAAACUCAGCCAAGGAGCUCAACCGACCGAGACAUGGCACAAUCUCAAGGCUAAUUUCCUGAGAGCCAGAAGUCUCUUUUUCCCAUAG